AUGCCGUUCCAACCCCGCUCGCCUGUUCGACGCGCGCCGUGCAACGAGGCGCGCGACUCAAUCUUUUCGGUUUCUCUGAAGACUGCGCGGCUCUCCGCUCUCUCGCCUCUGGCCGUGCCCUCGGAGUCUCCGCUGACGUCCAGCGAAGCUCCCUCUUCGCCGCCGUCUUCCGCCGCAUUCGCCGCCUCCGCGGCGCUGACCCCCCCGAAGGAGACUCCGGAGGCGUGGCGAGCCGCUUACUCUGCGCGCAGCGCGGCGAGGGCGCAUCCUGAGGCUCGCGCGCCCGCGCAGGCUGUCGGACGCUCAGAACACUCUUCUUUCGCAGUCUCUGCAGCAGCUGCCUUCUGGCGGUCUUACGUCGCAGCCUCAGGCAUCGUCUUCACAGGACCAGCGGAAGCGAAAGCGCGGGCCGGCAACCGACAGGAGGAAAAAGAGUCUCAAGAAAUAGAGGCAGAAGAAGAAGCGGAUGUAGAGGCAGAAGAAGAGGCGGAUGUAGAGGCAGAAGAAGAAGCGGAUGUAGAGGCAGAAGAAGCGGAUGUAGAGGCAGAAGAAGCAGCGGAUGUAGAGGCAGAAGAAGCAGCGGAUGUAGAGGCAGAAGAAGAAGCGGAUGUAGAGGCAGAAGAAGAAGCGGAUGGUGUUGUAAAGGAAGCAGAGGAAGAAGACCAAGCGAACGGUGAAGUGAGAGAAGAAGAGGAGGAAGGGAGCGAGGGAAUGAGAGACGAUGAAGAAAUAGACGCGGGCAAUGUUAUGAAAGAAGAAGAGCAAGAAGAGACAAACGAUGAAGUUCGAGAAGAACAGGAAGAAGCAGAAGCCGACGACCUUGUGGAGGAAGGAGAGGAAUAUGAAGCUGGUGAAGAGAAUAUCGAUCAAAUGCGAGGAGAAGAGGAAGAAGAUGCGAAUGAGGUAAUGAACGAAUUGGAAGAAGAGGCGGACGGCGCUGCGGAGAAAGAAGAGGACGAAGCAGAUGAAGAAGAUGAUGAGAUCGAUGAAGCGCCGGAAGACGAGGUCGACGAAGAAGAAGGAGACGAGGGAGUGAGAGAAGAAGACGAUGUUGUCGAGGAAGAAGAGGAAGAAGCUUCGGACGAUGAAGUGCAAGGAGAGGACUGGAAGGCAGAGUGCAGCCCCGAAGAGUCGCAAAGGGACUCCGGCGCGAGAGCGACCGCGGGCGAAGCGCAUCACGACGAAGACGCAAGCGGUGCUUCGCGGACGGGAGCUCUGCUUGGGCCUUUGGAGGGAGAGGCAGAGGAAAGCGCAGAAAAGGAGGAAGCGAAAGGCAGCAGCGAGGCGAAAGAAGAAGACAGGGGAGAGUCAUCGCGGGAGUUCCGCUGCGAACUGCCAGCAGAAGACGCGUCUGAGCACGCCUGGGAGACAGCUGAGCGCAGAGAGAACGAAAGAGAAGGGCGACACACCCAGCACGCCUUUCGGUUGGAGGAGACAGGCGACGACGAGCGCGCGAGACUCGCCGCCGCAAGCAGCGCAGACCGUUGGCUCGCGAAAGGCGAGUACUCUGCAUGCGUUCUGGAGAACUCGCAGCGGGGCGAAACGCAGGAGCCAGCUGAAAGUCAGCCCCCGCAGGCCGGAGACGAAGUCGAGGAAGAGUCGCGGCGGAGAGACGAGUGCGAGGCUUCCGCUGUGGAUUUCAGCGAACUGGAGCAAGAGGAGAGAGAUCGCGGGAAGGGCGCACAAGUCGGCGGGGAGACACCAGAAGCGGCCACGGCAGAAGCCAGCGAAGGCUCACUGACCGAACUCGACACCUGCUCUCUAACUCCCUCGAAGACUGAAGCGCCACACGCGCGUCUGCGGCCGCGGAAUGCUGACUGUCUCCACCCUUGUUCAGCUUCUUCCUUGGGGUCUGGUGAGUCUGCGUCUUCGUCUGCUGCUGCCGCUGCGGCGGCACCGUCGGGAGUGCGACACUCCGGUCUUCUCGCAGAGCGCUCUGCUUCCAAGAGGAGACCCCGGGAGGUUGUGAUGCUUUCGCUGCCGACCCGCGCGCCUCGCCUCCCUCUCGCGGCGUCGCUUUCUUCUUCCUUCGCGCGCCUGCCAGCGGACGCGCGGCGGCACGCGCUGGCGGCCUCUCUCUCUGCGUCUCGCCCUCCCCACGUUCCAGACGACGCAGCAUCCGAGCCGGAAACGAGUGACGCGGAGAGCGAGGGCGAGAGCGACGGCAGCCGCGCGCCCGCCGCCCAGAUGCCUGCGCUUCCUUCUCCUCUGGCUGCGCUGCUGCUCGCCCUGAAGCUCGCGGCGUCGCCGCUUCUGCCGCGGAGCGUCUCCGGACGCGAGGAGGCGCAGCGGAAAAGGCCCGCGCCCGAAGAGACAGAGAGCCCGCGCAAGAGACACCAGGCUUCCUCCCCUGCGGCGCCCGCCGCGGCUGAAGCCCGAGAAGGCGACGAGACCGGUGGAGAAGAGCCGGGGGCCGCAUGUGUGUCUGGAGAGGCGCAGGGAGGCGAGAAAAGGGGAAAAAAGGCCGUGGCGGCCGUUCGCCCGCGGGAGCUCUUCCAUCCGUACCUCGUCGUGCUGCUCGGGUGUGCCGCUGCGAAGGACGUCGCCGCGACGCUGCAUCUUCUGCGCGCGAUUUCCCUCAUGGAGACCUCGCGGCGAAGCGAGGAGGUCCACAGCGGGGAGGCUCACAAGGAAGGAAAGGAGGGACAAGGCAGCACUGAAACGGCGCCUUCGACUGAGCUCGGGGACCUCCGCCUCGCACUCAACGCGGCGAUCGUCGCGGUCACUCUCUUCUCGCCGCGCGCGCACAGAGAGGCCUCUCUGUGCGCGCGCGGAGAAAAAGUCGAAAAAAACAGCGAAGAAGACACGCGAGAGACGCGAGAGAGGGAAGAGGGAGCCGCCGAGUGCGGCGCAGUUGUGUUUGAGGAAUUCUGCCUCAGGCCUCUCCUGCGCCUCGUCCGCUCUCCCGCAGAGCUCUCGCGCCUUCUGCACGUCGCCGCGGCCGCCCUCUCAGGCGCCCCGCUUCCGAUUGCUUCGAUGCCUGGCGGAGAAGGCAGUGGCGAGCACAACGACGAAAAGGGAGCAGAAAAGAGAGAAGAGGAGCUACAGGGCCUCUCGCACGUCCUCGGGCAGCGCUUCUCAUUCUUGCACCUUUCCUUUUUCGCGCGAGGCGACAGCCCAGACGACGAUGAGGCGAGCCAAAAAGACGCGGCGACGCCCGCGCGAUCGCCAGAGACCUCGCCGCCUGAUGGCGCAGAAUAUUCUUCGCCUUUCUCUGCCGGACACUUUUCUCUUGUUGCCACGUCGACCCCCUCCAAGCUCCUCGCCCCGAUCCCUUCGCUGCUUGCGAGUUCGCGCAGCACGCUGGGGCUGUGUCUGCUCUUCGCCGCUGUGCUGUACGUACACCACAGGAUGCGGGAUCCGAGGAGGCGCACGCCAAACGCUCUUCUGCUUUCCCCUCCUCGGGCCUCCUCUGCGUCUGCUUCGCAGCGAGGAGCGUUUUCCAUCUGCAGCUGCGAGCGCCGCGGUGCAGGCAGCUCCGCGGGCGGGUCUUCCUCCGCUGCGUCUCUUCUUUCCGGACUCUGCCUUGCGCCACAGCAAGGCUCGUCUCUGCCGGCGAUCUGCGAGGCGUGCCUCAGUCCAUUCUUCGUCUUCCUCGUGCUCGCCGCUGAGAAUAUGCGAAUCUCUCAAGCGGAGAACGACCAACCCCGCGUGCUGGGCGGAGGAGGAAGCAGCCGGCGUGGCCGAACCUGCGAUGCCCGAGGAUAUAGGGGUCCCGUUUCCCGACUCGGGCGUCGGCCCCAGCCCCUUCUGCGACCGCGUCUCUGGAGCCCAACUAGCGGUGUGGGGUCCGCGGUCGCUGCCGACGCGGGGGGAGAUGGAAGUCAGGAAGGAUCGCUGAGCUCAGGAAGGGAGGCGAGACGAGCGGAAGGCAAUGAGGCGCGAGGAAAGAACGAGAAGAAAAGCGGGGUAGCGCAGGCGAGUGCCUUCGCACCUCGGGAUGUCAAACGGGCCUUUCAGUUCAUGCUGCGUUUGUACGACCGGGACUCCGAAAGAGCGACGAAAUAG